GGCCAGAGCACUGCGAGUUGCGAGCCGAGCAGCGUCGCGGAGUGAAGCGGAGGAAGCGAGCGUGACAGGACCGACAGGACGCGCCGAUAGAGCGGCGCGAGCGGCGCGGCACUCGGCGCGAAGAGGAAGCCCCGCUAUUGUGGUGGUCGUGGUCGGACGCACCCAGCACAGCCCAGCUCAGCCCAGCGUAGCAGCGCAGCCUAGAGCGCGGCAAGGACCGGAUUCUUACAGCAUCGUCGCGACCAGCACCGCAGGAUGCCGGCCGCGGCCAGCCCGGAGCUGCCCCGGACGGAGGCGCUGCGCCCCGCGCUGCCCGACGUCCUGGACGACAAGGUGGGGCUGCGCCUGGACGAGCCCGACGAGAAGCUCAAGGACUACGCCAGGAAGGUGCUGGGCGAGACGGAGGAGGCCAAGACCCGCACCCUGCAGGAGCUCAAGGACACCAUCUACGAGCGCGGCGAGGUGACGCCCUACCGGAUGGACGACUCGUUCCUGCUGCGCUUCCUGCGCGCGCGCUCGUUCAACGUGGAGCGGUCGCACCGACUGCUCAAGAGGUACAUGCGCUUCAAGGAGCAGAACCCUUCGUACCAGAAGAACGUGGACCCCGAGGGCUUCUCGCUGAUCGGCGAGUCGGACGUCAUGACCGUGCUGCCCUACCUCGACCAGCACGGACGCCGCAUCCUGCUGUACAGAAUCGGUAACUGGGACCCCAGCAAGGUGCCCAUCGACGACCUGUUCCGGGCCACGCUCAUCGUGCUGGAGCUGGGCAUCAUGGAGCCCAACGCGCAGAUCAAGGGCGGCGUCGUCAUCUUCGACCUGCAGGGCAUCGGGCUGCAGCACGCCUGGCAGGUGUCGCCCACCAUCGCCGCCAAGGUCAUCCAGCUGCUCGAGACCUCGUCGCCCAUGCAGACUCAGGCAAUUCACAUCCUCAACGAGUCGUGGGUCUUUGACAUCAUCUACGGCCUCUUCAGUCCAAUUCUGGCGGACUCGGCACUCGACAAGUUGUACUUCCACGGCAGCGACCUGAGCUCGCUGCACGAACACAUCGACCCGGACCACCUGCCCAAGCGGUACGGCGGCACCCGCCACGAGGUGUCCUACACCGCCUGGCUGGAGGCCCUGCGCAACAAGAACGUCUUCAGGAGAGAGCUCAAGAAUCUAGGCUAUAAAAUCGACGUGGACGAGUCGCUGGACGAGUAUUGAGGAGUCUGCCGUCACCUCCCGACGCUGCGCACUGAUUUUGAGCAUUGCUCUCUGCCGUCGGUCUGUCUCUCUCGCACUCACGGGGCGCCCCGUAACGGUGCGAGAGAGACAGCGACGAAAAGCAGUGCUCGGGAUGGGUCUGCUGCGACCACAUCACCCGUCCGACGCACAGUGGGCCAGAAGACCGGUGCAGGCGGCC